UGUUCGAAUAUUUGUUUGGUUAGUUUACGGAUUUUUUAAAAUAUGUGUAUCAUAAUGUAAUUGUUUGGUGGAAAAUAGAAAAUGAGUGACAAUCGUUUGAGAACACUUCCAAAUUGUUUAUACUAUCGAGGUUUAUAACCAUCUUUUAAUAUUAAAUGAAUAAGGUAGUGAAUUCAAUCUUUUGUUUACACUUUUUACUGUUUUGGAGGGAUGUAUAAAAUAUUGUGUAAAUACUGUGUACAUACGAAUUUUUUGGGAACAUACGAUAAUUGGAUUUGAUUUGCUUUGGUGAAAGGAAAUUUAAAUGGAUGAUGAGUGAUUCUGAUGAUACAGAUGUUUUGCUCUUAAUUCCACCUGAUCUGUUCCUUGUGUCGUCAUCUUCAGAAUCGGAUGUUAAUUCUGAUCGAAUGAAAGAUUGUUAUAGUAAUAAAAAAACUGGAGUAAUAUCUGAACUUGUGGAGCAUAUGCAAUCAUUAGAAAGCAGAGUUUGUGCUAUCGAAUCCAAAGAUACUAGCUUAGAUGCUGUUUUGCUAAAUAAUUCAUUGGAAUCACAAAUUCAGAGUAAUUCGGUUGCCAAGUUUAGGCAAACAUUACCCAAAACUAGAUUUUCUGUGAGUGAAAACUGUAGCUUACAAAAUACACCUGUAAAACCUCGUCAAUCCUUGUCUGUUCCAUCAACCCCUAAUGGUCACUCAUUACCAAACCAUAUCUAUAAUUCUCAUCAGAAUGGCAUAAAUUUGGGGAAUCGUCUCUCUGUGUCUAUGGGUACUAAUGCAACUAAUGCUAAUGAACACGAUGAAAAUAAGCAUGACUCUCUAACGUCCCAGUCCUCUGUGGUGGUUUCCCCUACUGCUUGCAAUGUGGGUUUUCCGCAUGUUACGGUUACUUCUCCAGGAGGGAAAUUUCAUUCUCAUCCAGCCAAUUGUAAACAUACAAAUAAUAUAUGUAUUAAAUCUCCUUCCAAUCAAUUGCAUUCAAUGCCAUCUACCUCAACUUUACUUAGCACAACAGAAGAACCACAGUCGCAUUCUAAAACUAACAUACCAGAAAUGGAGAUCUCUGAUGUUGAUGAACUACUUCAAGAGAUGGAAGCUACUGAAUUAGAAUUAUCAAAAAGGAUAAACAGGGUUUCAAUGCAUAAUUAUCUUAAGGAACAAAAUGGUAUAUUAUCUAAUGAGAGUAGCAAUAGUCUUGGAAGCAAAGACUAUAGGACUGCACAUAGACAAUCUGUUAAUCGAAAAUUGGAAUUUAAGCCACAUGAGUCAAGUGACUGUCAUGAUAUUUUGUUAUUGAAAUCUAGCAAAAAGCCUGAUGUUUUUGCUGAUAUAUCCUUGCCAUAUAUUGAUUCAUUUCACAUGAAUGAGACUGAUAAAAUGAUCUCAGAAUUUAAAACAUGGGAACAAAGUAUGCAAAAUCAAGCGUCAAAGACUGAAGAAGUAGAAAGUAUAGAUAAAUCAAUGAAUUCAAGCAGUAUUGAUAAGUCAGUUGUUAAAGCAGCUGAUGUACAAAAGAGGGAACCAAUUACUCAACAAAUCCCUUUAAAUGUAGACAAUGUAAAUAGUAUAACUAAUAUGCAUAAUACUCAAACAUAUAGUACGCAUAAAAAGUUAGAUACUUCAUUGCAUAAUGAAUUAAUACAAAGUAAUACUGCAACAAAAAGUACAGAAUGUAAUGCAUUAUAUUUGCCAGAAUCUUACAAAAGUUUAGAACACAAUGGAAAUGUGCAAUAUAUAAAGCAAACACAUGAUGUACCACUUAUUAAGAAUAUUGCUCAUGCAUCAACAAAUACAGAAUAUUUUCCAAGAAAAUCUCAACGGCUUUUGUCGUUAUCAGAUUUCUGGGAAAAUAAUGGUACUAAAACACAAGAAGAACUACACAGAAUUAAAUUAGAGGAAGAAAAAUUCCGACGAGAGCAUUGUGAACACUUAAUACAAGAACUCCAAAAACGAUUGCUAGAACAACAAGAAAAGGUAGCAGUAGCACUUAGAGUAGAUAAUGAAAAAAAUGAAUUGAUAACACAAUUUCAUAAUGCAUGGUCCAAAUUAAAGCAACAAGUGCAUGUGUUAGAAAUUGAACACAGUGCUUUGCAAACAAAUCUUAAGAAUGUAACAGAAAAACAUCAAUUAGAGAUCUCAGAAUUUCAAUCACAGAUAAAACGUUAUGAAGGUGAAUUAUCGAAAGCUUUAGACCUUGCAGCUGGAUAUAAAGAAAAAAAUGACAUUGCAACAAAGGAAAAGGUAGAGUUACUGAAAAAUCAUGCUGAUGAAUUGGAAAAUUAUAAAUCUUUUGUACAAGAAGCAGAAAAUAGGUAUGAAAAAUUGAAAGUAGAAUAUAAUAAAUUAGUAGAAAAACAUCAACAAUCUGAAGAAACAUUAAGGACUCUUCAAAAAGAGUUAGGCAAAGAACGAUUAAAAGGUGGAGAAGUUAGAAAUGAAAUGGAUGUCAUUCAUAAAGCUCUAGAUACUUGCGAAGCCGAAUUGACUGUACUUAAACAAGAAAAAGAAAAUUUACAAUUAAAAUUAAAAGAAGAAAAUAGCAGAAAUUUAAUUCUAGAACAGAAAAAUACUUCGCUGCUUUCAACUCUUGACGAUGCCAAAAAAGCCGAGAAAUUAGCCAAAGAUGAAACAAGAUAUCUCGUAGAGCAAAAGGAAAAAAUUAGAUCUGAAUUACAAGAAAUUUACCAGAAACAAGUUGAUGAGGUAGUAAAAGCUAAAUUACAAGAAUUUCAAACUCAACUUGAUGCUGCUGAAUCAGAAUUUGUUGAGGAAUUAAAAACUAGACAACAGGUUAUUGCUGAAUGUGCAGCUAGAAAAAUUAAAGACAUUAUAGAUAAGCAUAAAUUAGAAAUAAAUUUACUAGAGGAAAAACAUAAAGAAGAGAAAAGAUUAUGUGAGCUUCAGUUAGCAGAAGCUUUACAGAAAUCAUCCUUUUUAGAAGCGCAACUUAAUUCUCAACGUGCUACUAAAUCUCAACUUGCAGAACAACUUCAUUCAGUGAUGCAAAAGCAAUGGCAACAAGCUUUACGAAUUAUAUCAGGGGAAAAUAUGGAAAAUUUGACUCCUCUCCAAAAAAUUCAUGCUGAAAAAUUAUUUGAAUCAAGAGGUCCAAAAAAGUCUGAAUCAAUGCCAAAUUGCUAUACAAAGAUUUCCCAGGAACCAAUGAAGUUAAUGUCGUACGUAACUGAUGCACAAAAUUUUCGUGAUCAAAGUGAAUGUACCAUGACAUCACUGGAUGAAACUCCAGUAGCUAGUAGGAAAAAAUCUAAGGAUGAUCUCCGAAAAUAUGUGAAGCUGAUUGCUGAGAUGCAGCAAGCAAAGGAAGAAUUUUCAAAAAUUACGGGAGAUAUUUCAAGUUCACCUUUACUAUGCAGAGAAGUACCAAGGAAACAUUAUUUAAAAAAGGAACCAAGUAUUAGAGAUGAGGAUAAUAUUGUAUGGCAACCUGUAUCAGAAGUAGAUUACUCAAGACAACAGUGAAUUUAUUCCAAUUUCACAGAAGAUAUCUACAAAGGCAGAACAACAAAAGCAUUAAUUAUUUUAUUCCGACUACCAUGUAGAGGAAAAGGAUGUCCGAUAAAGAAAUAUAAACGAUAACAAAACAAUCCAUUUUUGGGACAGAAACAUAGAUAUAGGGAUUUUUCAUAUGAACAGUUAUAUAAAAUGUAUUUAAAAGGAUAUUUGUAAUACUGUGUCAUACAUACCGAGAAUCAUGAAGAAAAUGACAAAUCAUUUAUUUCGAACACGUUUUCGUACGACGAGAUGGCAUGUUGAAGUUAUUCACAGAACUGUUACUGAAUUGUUUAUCGACAACGGUUCGUGAAUAGUGAUCACGAAGAAGAACAUGCGGUAUACAACGCAUCUAAAGGCGCAUAUUAAUUAAGUAUACAUCAAUUUAAUCGCAGUACAUUCAUCUCAAUGAAAAUUAAGAGCAUUACGAGUAAUGAUGCGUUUGAUGGAUUUAAUGGAUUCUUUAAUUCCGCUUGAUGUA